AAGUGUCUCCAACCGGCUGAGCCGGACUCAGUAUCUUACACCCAGGCCGCAGAGCUCUUCCUCGCAGUGUUGAGUUCCCACAGAGGGAGUAGUUUUACCGGGGAGAUAAAACCUUUAUCCCUCAUCCUCUUCCAAUCGCCAUCUCUUAUCGUCCUCCCCUGCGCAGCUGAGUCGACACCGGUGGCAUCGGACGCGCUGGAUGGCUGCUGCACUUAGCGAACCGGUGUGAAUCCUUUUUUUUUCCCUUUAUCUUCACCUUCCCCUGCCACCGAGCCUGAAAACACAAACACCAACUGCAGCAACGAUGACAGACCCGGCGACCCAAGAGUCCUACCCUGUCCCAGACCCGACUAUUGUGGAUCCCUGCCCGGCCGCGGUGCGGAACGGCCAGUGCGCCCCGGAUGGCUUCGCCAACAACCAUCACCAGCAAGCCAAACCCCCCGGCCAGCCCGAGCCGUUCACCACGGGCCAGGAGAUGAAAAUCACAGACAGCGUGGAGGGAGAAGGUCUCCUCGAGAGCAGCAUGCGGCUGAAGCCCCAUGAGGCCCAGAGCUACAGGAAGAAGGCACUCUGGGUCUCCUGGACCUCCAUUGUGGUCACACUCAUACUGGCCGUGGCAGCUUUCACUGUAUCAUUCAUGAGACACAGCGCAUCAGCCUUUGGAUUUGCCUUCGAUGCCACGCUGGAUGUCAUGUCAUCAGUCAUUGUCCUCUGGCGCUACAGCAAUGCAGCAGCAGUGCACUCUGCACACAGAGAGUAUAUAGCAUGUGUAGUCCUUGGGAUUGUGUUUGUUCUCUCCUCCAUGUGCAUCCUUGGAAAGGCCAUCCAUGAUCUGGCUACCAGGAUGCCACCAGAAGUGGAUGACUUCCUCUUCAGUGUGGCCAUAGUGAGUGGACUCACAUGUACUGUGCUGGCUGUGGCAAAGUUCAUGUUGGGAAGAGUGCUGACUAGUCGGGCACUCAUCACUGAUGGGUUUAACUCUAUGGUUGGAGCUAUCAUGGGAUUUUCCAUUCUGAUCAGUGCCGAAGUCUUCAAGCACCAUGCUGAUGUCUGGUUUCUGGAUGGCACCAUUGGAGUUCUUAUUGGACUCAUCAUUUUGGCAUAUGGGGUCAAACUCCUGAAGGACAUGGUGCCCCGUGUGAGACAGACGAGGAACUACGAACGCUUUGAGUGAGAGACAUGUGUGUUGACCAGACGAACAGGUUCACACACACACAAAUGCACACACACGCCCACAUACCUGGCUGCCUCCUGCCCUUCGCCGUCUUCUUUCUGUCUUUCAUAUACACUUACAUGCACACUUCACAUGCACAUAUAUACGGAUGUUACACACUCAUGUUCUAAUACAUGCAUAUAUAUACAUAUGCUGUAUAUACUGUACAUAGUACAUUCAUACAUGCAGACAUAACAUGCACACAC